CUGACGAUCCACACACAGAAGAGUUUCAUCGUUAAGACACAAAUAAAAAAUGCGCCCACACAUAUAAAUUAUCUCAGCCGUCCUCCUCCUCCUCCUCCUCCUCCUCCUCCUCAUUUUCUUAUCUCUCUCUUUCAACAGAACACAAUUUUUGUAAAUGGUCUCUAAGAAUCCGAACCCUGCAGACGGAUGUUUCUUGGAUCCGAACGGUAUGACCGUUGUUCCUGCUAUCGGACCGUUCACGGCCGUGGCGGCGGAUGCGACGGAGACCGUCUCUUCGUCGGAGGAUCUGAGCAAGAAGAUUAGGAAGCCUUAUACCAUCACCAAGUCGAGGGAGAGCUGGACCGAGCCUGAGCACGACAAGUUCCUCGAAGCUCUUCAGCUGUUUGACAGAGACUGGAAGAAGAUUGAAGCUUUUAUUGGGUCAAAGACUGUGAUUCAGAUACGAAGUCAUGCUCAGAAGUAUUUUCUCAAGGUACAAAAGAGUGGGACCGGUGAACAUCUCCCUCCUCCUCGACCUAAAAGGAAAGCCGCUCAUCCAUAUCCUCAGAAGGCUCAUAAGAACGUUCAACCUCAGUUACCAGGUUCCUUCAAAGCAUCAGCACCUGAACCAAUUGAUCCGAGUUAUAUGUUUAGGCCCGAGUCUUCUUCGAUGCUGAUGACAUCUCCAACCACUGCUCCUGCAGCAGCAGCUCCGUGGACUAAUAAUAAUGUGCAAACAAUUAGCUUCACACCCCUGCCAAAAGCAGGAGCAGGAGCGAAUAACAACUGUUCUAGUAGCUCUGAAAACACUCCUAAACCACGGUCCAACAGGGACACAAAUGAGCAGGCUAAUCCUGGCCAUUCAUUAAGAGUUUUACCGGACUUUGCUCAAGUUUACAGCUUCAUUGGAAGUGUGUUUGAUCCGUACGCAAGUAAUCACCUACAAAAACUGAAGAAGAUGGACCCCAUCGAUGUGGAAACGGUGCUACUAUUGAUGAGGAACCUAUCCAUCAACUUGUCUAGCCCCGAUUUUGAGGAUCAUAGACGGCUUCUCUCGGCUUAUGAUAUCGGUUCUGAGACAGCAACUGAUCCUGGUGGAGUGAGUAAAACCUUGAAUAAAGAAGCACCCGAAAUCUCUACUUGAAAGUUAAUAAAAAAGGGGACGGACAAUCACGAUGUUAAGUGUCUCAGGUGGAGCAAAACCCUGAGAUUCUGUUGUGGGUUUUGUUUGUACAUAUGAAGAAGAUGAAGCUUGACAUUGAGCGGUUUUUGUUUUAUAUAAUACAUAGUUUGGAUUAUGUAUGGUAAAAGCAGAGUGUAUUACUACAAACACCAUUAGUCUUAUCUCUACUUCAGCUUUUGUUUAAGCAUGUUACAGUCUGUCUGAUGGAGAGCAAAUCUCUUAGACGUGUCUUAGGUUUUUUUUCUGAUAUAGUGUAACAUAGGAGCCACAUAAAUAAACAUCAAUUCAAUUUUA